UUCAUUUGCAGCUAAUCUCACUUCAAUUCAUUUGCAUACAUAACGCAACUUGUAAAUUUGUUUUUUACUUUCAACAUGCGAUUGCACGUAUCUCCUUUUGCAAUGAAUGCAAAGACAGAUAACGAUAUCUUCACGAAAGAAAAUUCAUUGCGUUUUCGUACAAAAUGGAGGAAGCAGGUAAGAAUAUUUGUCGAUUCUGUUUGGCCUUUAUUCCGCUUAACUCCGAACUUCAUUUGGUGAAAGACCUAGAAAAGGAUCUCUUAGACUGUCUACCAGAACUUAACUUGCACAUUCCCCUUGAGCCCAUAUCGUGCCAACGAUGCUUCGAUGACAUUCAGUCGAUGUACGCGUUCAAACGGCGGUUCCUUACGACCAAACGCCUCCUGCAAGAGCUUGCUGAUGAGCAUGGACCAAUCACAACAGACAAUGUUUUAGAAUAUGUCAAGGGGAAGUCGGAACAUUUGGAACGCACAGAGGAUGGCGACGUCGAUUUGAAUACUGGAAAUACCACUAAUGUUAAAGAGGAGGCUCCUAACCGUUUACGUCGUCGACGCAUAAUCAUAAAAUUCUUUAGAUGUCGGGAUUGUCGACGCAAACUCUUCAAGCGUAAUCGACGUGGUUUCCCCGUAAAUACGCUGAUCAACCGCAAAAGGAGGGUUGUCGACCGCAGGGAAAAGUACAAAUGCGAACAGUGCGAGUUUGUAACCGUCUACAAGCACCGUCACCGUUCACAUCUUCAGGCGCACGUGCAGCUGAAACCUUUCCAGUGUUACGAUUGCAAUUACUGCACCAAUCGCAAAGACAACCUCGCCCAGCACGUCAAGAUACACGCCGAUUUCAAGCCGUACAGGUGCGACAGUUGCGAUUAUAAAUCUCGGCGGCUUUCAAAUUUGAAGUCGCAUUUAAAUAAGCACAGGAACAUGAGGCCUUUUUUAUGUGAUCAGUGUAAAGCGACGUUUUCGCGCAAGGCGAACGUGAAGAAGCACAUUCUUGCCGUUCAUUUCAGGUCCGCGAAACUUCCCACACUUAAAAUUCACACAGGUGAAAAGCCACUCGAUUUGACCAUUCCGAUCAAUCCCUGCUGUUGCGAACAGUGCCUCCAGUCGCUCAAAUCGACUUACGCAUUCAAGGAGCAAUGCGUUGGCACAGAACGCUUAGUACUCCAACUCCGUGCGAAAUCCCUACCUUUCGAGGAGAUUCUCAACUAUACUGAUGGGGAUGUGAUAAAACAAGAGGCGGAACACUUGGAGAUUGUAAAUAAUGUCGACAUCGCUUUCAAUACGGAAAUAUCUAGUUGUUUUAUUGACGAGGAUACUAGAUGUAGCACUCCGUGUGUGAAUCAACACGAACUAACAAAGUCCAAACACGUGUACCGCUGUCACGAUUGUGCGUACCGUACGAAACAGAAGAACGUUCUUCUGAAACACCUCGUCGUUCAUGCUAAGGACUACAGGCCGUUUAAAUGUGACCAGUGCACGUUCAGCGCUCGGUGGCACUCGCUACUGAGAGACCACGUCGAAAUACACCCCAAGUGCUUCUCAUGCGAAAAGUGCAGGAUGAGGUUUUCGCUCAUGACCGAUUUGGCGAGACACCUAACAAAUUAUUCGAAAAAAAAUACAACAAAAAUGGAAAACAAUGGGGCAGUCGGUGAAGAAAAUACGACUUUUCAUGUUAACUCUGAACCUUUUAGGGAUGGCCCCGAUUAUUUCGGCAUCGAGAAAGUGAAAGUGGAAUGUUUGGAAGUGGUGGACGACGACGAAAUGGUUUUCAAUACGGAAGUCGCCGCCUGUUCAGUUCAAAAGCAGACCUGCCCCAUUUGCAACGCCCAGUUCGAGAGAGCGACUCCGACUCGUUCAAACAAAUGCGACACGUGCAGUCGAGCUAUUCCCCAAAGUUCGUUUGGGAGCGCGGCACGAAGCUACGUGAAAUGCACGCUGUGCGACAACGCGUACGUGGAGAAAUCGAAGUGGGAAUCGCACCUUCGAACGCACAAAGUCGCCAAAACGCACAGCUGCGAUCAGUGUCCGUUUCAGACCGACAAACAUUCGAAGUACCAGGUGCACCGUAAGGGACACUCGUUCCCUCACCUCUUCCAAUGUGGAGACUGCAAUUACGGUUCGAACAAUCGGGAGUGUUUUAAGUAUCACGUUUUAGUGCACCAGGACGCAAGACCGUACAAGUGUGAUAAGUGCAACUACGCGGCGCGCGACGCUUCCAGUUUAAAAAAGCACGCAAUUUCGCACACGGGCGUCAAACCGUUCGCUUGCGACUCGUGUAAGUCGUCCUUCGCGCGUAAGGCCACCCUUAAGAAGCACAUCUUCAACAUCCACCGCAAAGAUUUACUCAACAAGCGACACAUGUGCGAUCGGUGCGGUUACAAAACCAAUCGCUACUCCGCCCUGGUCGCGCACAUACGGGCGCACACAGGCGAACGACCCUUCAAGUGCACGUUCUGCGACCACAGCACGACCCUUUUGGCCAACCUGCAGGCGCACAUGUACAGACACACCGGCGAGAAGAACUUCAAGUGCCCGAAGUGCGAGUAUCGAACGUUCAACAGCUACAACCUGACGGAUCACAUCAGAACGCACACCGGCGAGAAGCCACACAAGUGCGACAUGUGCAGUUUUAGCUGCGCGAAGGCCAGCAAUCUGAUGUGUCACAAGAAGUGCCAUUUAAUUACACCGAUCAUCCAUUGCGAACGGUGCGAUUUUAAGACGCUGCGGAAAGUCGAUUUGAAAAGGCAUAAAUGUGAUGGUUUCUGAGUGUCGUCCCCUCGCGGAAGAUAGCGUUAUAGUGCUUGAAAGGAGUGGUUUUUCGGACCUUCUCAAAACAACAGUGUUAUACUUUUAGCCUCUCAAUUUUCAUGUAACUUGGUUUUGUAAAUAAUUGCUAUUUAUUGUAUAAGACGAUAAAGGGACAUUUUAACUAUCCAGUGAGAUAGUUACGAUAGUUAACUUUCGUCCUGACAUCUGCCGUAAUUAAGUCAGACUCGGAUGUUACCAAUUAAUCUAGGGCACCUCUUUAUUACCAUUGUUUUAGUUGUUUAAGCUUAGGGACAGAUGUCACCACUGGCACGAAACAGAUUUUUUUUUAACACAGGAGCUUUGAGUUCAUUAAACUAACGUUAGAUGUCGGAAA